AAUCCACAGCCCGACGUGCUCCGCCACACUCCCACCGUCGGUGACCCACGACCCACUCACCACACCACACUUAUCUGCAGAGAGUGAGCCGCAGCAGCAGCGCCCGCUCACAAACACAUAUCCACCUCGAACCACGCCGGUGGCCACACACACACACUUGCGCCGGAGCUCAGCUCAAGUGAACGUUCCAAUGGCGGCCGCGCCGACGGGGGUCGCGUGCCCGGUCUACCCGUGGCCGAGCGACGCGGCGCAGCGCGGGGCCAAGGUGUUCAUGCAGAGCGACUGCGCGGCGUGCCACUCCGCGCUCCCCUACGCCGGCCUCCGCGGCGCGGCGGUGCCGGGCCAGGACGCGGUAGCCAGGACGGCAGAGAUCCUCGUUGCCGCCGCGGCCACGGAGGAGGCGCUGCCGGCGACGGGGAUGACGCCGCCCCAGUACACGCCGGACCUCGCCACCGUCGCCACAAGAAUCCAGGGCGGGCUGCGGUGCAACCUCUACUCCACUGGGACGGCGACGGCGCCGGCGCCCGUUAGGGCGAUGCUCGCCGGCGGCGCCGCGGCGUGCCAGGAGCUGAAGAAGAGCCCCGUGUGGCUGCAGUUUGCCCAGGCCUUCCAGGCAGUUUGAUGGGGCUAUGCCAAAGCUUGCCUCAUUUCUGUCCAAGAUGUAUGUCUGUAACAUAUGUAUAAAUCACAUCACAUUGCACCUUGUGCCGGAUCAAGCAGUAUCAAAUAAAGCACUCCUGUGCAGCCGUUCCAUGUCAAA